CCGGACGUUGUUGCUGUUAGUUUCUUUAAAAUAAAAUAAAAUACCGGUUAUUCCUGCCGUGGAUUCAGUGGUUGUUUACGUCACCAAAAUUGUGUGUGAUUUACUUGGACAAAAAUUGGAGUGACCAGUUCAGAUAUCGAGCGGGUGUUUGUGAAUGCGUGGCGCACUCUAUCGGGGUUUAGCAGCGUGAGGUCGCGAGACGUGCGGGGCGGGGGCUUCCUCCCCCUACUUCAGUUUCUGCUGCGAGUUUGUACGGAGUGGACGUGUUGCUGCGCGAGAAGAUAACAGAAGCGUUCGCGCGGCAACUUUGAACAGUGACAGCCAGUGCACAGAGAGUGAAUUGUGAUAGAAAUGUGUGUCGGAUUGCGGUGCGCUACAAAUUGGAUGCAGUGAUCGGAUCACACUAAUUGGAUUACAGUGAUUUUUGGAUUUGGAUUUCUGUUUUAAACCACCUUCCAAACUGGGGAUGCACAAGAUGGAGCUCGGCGACAGCGUGUACGCCGCUGAGCGUAUCAUGAAGAAAAGAAUUAGAAAGAACAAAGUGGAGUACUACGUGAAAUGGAGAGGUUGGAAGCCGAAACACAACACCUGGGAGCCGGAGGAAAACAUUCUCGACCCACGGCUCAUAGAGAGCUACGAACGAGGCGAAGAGUUGCGACGACAAGGCCGAAAGAGAGAGAGGGAGCAUUCGCCCGUCGAACGACUGCGAAGCGGGUCCGAGGAACGGCAUCCGCCACCUGGGAAACGCAAGGCGGAAGUCCUUUCGAAGGAAUCUGGGAAAAUCGGAGUAACCAUCACUAUGAGCCCGCCGGCGAAACGUCACGAUUCCACGAAACUAAAUGGUGGCAGAACCCACACGCAACCCCCACCCCCUGCAGCUCCGCCCGGCGGAGCGGCGGCCCCGGCCUCUCCGGCAGUAGAGGCCGCUGCACCCAGAACGGGCCCGCGGAGAGCGCCGCACUCGCCUGAAGAGGCAGACGCGCAUACGCCGCCAGACAGAGAACGACGGACCGACACCCAACCUGCGGCCACGGCACCGGCAGAGCCGAAAGGUGCUCGACCGCCGCCGCCCGCACCCCAACCCGAGGAUGAGGACUCUUGGGGCGAAGCGCCCGUUACGGCCCCGAAUCCUCCUCCACCCCCACCUCGCCGCGGAGCCGCGUACUGGCUGGCGCGGUCUCCAGUCGCCGAUCAAAUCUUCAUAACUGAUGUGACCGUCAAUCUACAAACUGUCACGAUUAGAGAGUGUCGCACUGAGAAAGGGUUUUUUCGGGCGCGUGAAAACCGGCCACUCGAUAUAACGUAAACUCCGUGUGUUUCGUACAAAUUAUUAUUAAUGGACAUUGUAAAGAUGAUAGGUAGCUAGUAUUUAUUUAGUUGUUGCAUUGAAUGUAUGGUGUUUAAACCAUCGAGUGAUAAAUUUGAUUCUGCUAUGCCUCAUUGAAUCAUAAUAUAAAGAUAAAUUUUCAUGCCAAAUUUCAACCUCAAGGGCAGUGUAACCACCACAUGUAAACAAAUAGGCAAAUUAUUGUCAAUUGUUAAACAUAGAAUGUCUAUUAUUUGUUGACUUAUUGAUAAUAAUGAUAUUGACUGGUUAUUGUACCUCCCAGUAUACUACUUUACUGUAAUGUACAUUAGUUUAAUAGCUCUAUUGCUUUAAUGUGAAUUUUUAUAUAAUAUCUGAUAUAACUACAAAUAUAUCUGCAGCUUAAUUUUGUAAACAAUUACCAUAGUGUAAUAUUAUAUCUAU